AUGGUAGAGGGUAAAAUCGCGAUUCUAGAAGAAGCCUUGGCGAAGGCCAAGGGCGCUCGGGAGGAAGUGGCCUUCCACGCGUUCAGCGUUUCGACCAACGCGAAACUCGUGCAAGGGGAGAACGAGCGGCUGCUACAUUUGAUUCAGGACUUAGCUGCCGAGGUCCAACACUUUUCAGUUUUGUACGAGAACCUGCGCGCUCUGACCUCGGUCACAAAGCCGCCGCCCACGGCGACGCACAUAUUCCCCUCGCACCAGUCACACCAACCUAGUGGGUUGUCGAGCCACAGCAACAAAGGGGCCACUUUUGGAACGACCAGCAACUACCCCACACUGCUAGUGAGCAACUACGGGUUGACCUCAGGGACCACUUUGCCCCCGAACAACAAUCCAAGCGCACUGACCCGGCACUUGCAGAAUCAAGAAGGCAACCAAGGCUCCACCUUCGGCAUGGGUUUGCUCGGAGGAGGACAGAAUCAAGUUUCCGGCACCGUAAGGGGAGCCGGAUUUGGCUUGGUCGGGGGCAACGGCGAGGAUAAAAGUUCUUUUCCUCAUCAACGUGUUGAGCACUCUGCCCAUCGCCCCGACGCCUGGGCCAGCGGCCCGUCGAACAACUAUGCAGGAGGAGGCGCUCUAGUAUCAUCGUCUGCCGCGAGGACGAACCGGUGCGGAGGCAUUCUGUCGUUCAAAGUGGAAAAAGCGGUGCAAACUUCUAGCGCUAAUGAGGACAAGGUGCAUCAGGAAUUGUUGCUGGAGAAGCGAUUGCAGGAGCAACUGGCAACGAAGAUGCGCGAGUACCGGGCUGCAACUUUGACGCAGGAGGAGGCAGCGCGGGAAAGACAUGUUCUGAACGAGAAACGGCGCGCGGAGGCUGUGGAACGCGAACUGGCCCGGAAGGCGGAACUCGAGGCGAACGCCGAUUCGAUUCGCAGAGGGCGGGAAAUGCGCGCGAUGCAGAUGGUGGACAUCGAGUCCAGGUUUCCCUCCAGUUUUUGCGUAAUAUCUUACUCCGAAAGCGGGGGUCCUAGGGUCCGGGUUGCCGAACCCGUGCAGAAUUUGCGGGGAACUUGGCUGCGGAUUUUUCUCGUCUAGAAUAUUAGAGCCCGCCCGCGGCCUUUUGCAAAUGAUCACAAUCAUGCAGCACGCCGCGAUAGGGAGGCGGGCUUUCGCAUGGAGACUCCCGCCGACGCCUGCGAUUGCUAGGCAAAGAUGAUGUCACAGCCUCGCAAAGACGAUACCACAGCACCAUCGUGUAACGUGCGUUAAGUACACGUUGGCCCACUGUUAUUUGCUUCUCUUGGCGUUGCCCGGCCUUUCCAAGGUAGAAAGGCCUGCUUUUGGCGUGUCCAUGGCACCGUCGUGAGUAAGGUUAGCCACGAUGGAGAUGCGUUUGCUUGUUUUCGCAGCUUCGGGCGCAGGGCCAUACGCCCGGGACAGGCGGCCGGAGAGAGUGGCUGACGACUCCACAUGCGUGCCGGAGCCCCACCAGGAUAGGGCAGCCUCCAGCUGCGCGGCCCGGUUUCGGGGCUUGUGCAUGAGUUGCCACGGUUGUAGCCUGGGG